UGAUUUUCUCUUUGAGGGGGGAGCUGUUCAAAUGUGCAGAGUUACUCUGUGAAUGCACAAAAGCUACCGUAAAUUCAGUUAAGAGCUAAGAGACAAGCUGAGAAACUUCUGCACUAAUGAGUUAAAAAAAACAUUAAAAUCCUGAACAAAUUGUCUCAUUUUCACACCAAAAAGUCAGUGUGAUUAUCCUGUUCUGACAUAUGGCCAUUUCGACAAAGCAGGGGGAUUUAAGGUAGUCUGGGCUAAAUGGACUUCAUCUUUGUUUCCUUACAUUUAGUUCAGACUACCUUAAAUCUGACACGUUAUCCAGGUAAGCAAGAAAUCCUGUUUUGUCGAAUACCUCACAGGAUUUGUCAGCUGGAUAAAUUAAGCCAAAUGUGUGGACUGUCCAAUAGGAGGAGAGGUAAGUGACAUACCUAUUGGACAAUUCUUACAUUUGGCUUAAGUUGUCUGGCUAAUGAAGAAAUCCUGCUUUGUGGAACACCCCCCGGUACUGAAGUAGGUCACAAUAAACAGGUGGAGAUAAAGCUGACCAUGAUUCUGUCUGUCAUAUAUUUCUUACAUUUGUUUUGUUAUAAUAAUAACAAUAAUUAAUAAUAAUAAAUUAUUAUUCUGCGAUGGGCUGGCCCCCUGUCCUGGGUUGUUCCCUGCCCAUAGCUUCCGGGAUAGACUCUGGACCCCCCGUGACCCGGAAGGAUAAGUGGUUUGUAGGAUGGGUGGAUGGAUGGAUGGAUGGUUAAUGCAUGUGGCUUACCAGCUAUACGCUUCCUUCUCCACCCGAGUUUCCAGGUGUCGACAUGCCACCAUCUCCACAUAUUUCGGGGACCAGAAGCCAGACUGUGCCGGUGCCUGUGACUUCUGCCGGGACCCCGGGGCGGUUCGCGCCCAGCUGGAGGCCGCUGGCCGCCUCUGCACCGCCAUCGGGGGGGCACAGGGCAGGGAGCCCCGUGGGACCUUUGGCUUCGACCCCGAGCUGUAUGCUGGGGGCAAGAAGGGCUACGGCUUUGAGAGGUAUGACGAGGAGUCCUGGCCCGCCCCCGAGGACGACUCGGAGAAGCGCAGGAAGGAGUUUGGCGACUUCUUCAGAAGGCAGAUGAGCAUGCGCAAGGUAGCUGAUGUAUCGAAGGAGACCUUUAUCCCUCCAGAUGCAGACUGUCCACUCCAGGAGGCAAGCAGCCAGCGAAUCCCAAGGCUUACUGUCAAGACUCGGGAACACUGCCUGUCCCUACUGGAAAGUGCCUUUAGGAACCAACAGGGGGCAGCAGACGCCGCAGCCAACCCCAACUUCCAGACGUUAGCCGUGGACCUCGAGCACGACAUCUUCAAGAGCAGCAAGUCGGCCAAUCUGUACAGGGCAGCCGUACUGAAGAGGGUGUCGGAGAUGAAGAAGGGGGCGGGGGGGGAGAAGUCGGCCCCCAGGGAGGUGGCGGAAGAGCCCAGCCGCCUCUUUGACGAGGGAGGCGUGCAAACCAACCUGAAAGAGACCCCCCCCUCUGGCUCGUCGCUGCCCACUGAAGAGGCUGUGGGAUUUACAACAGCCUCCCAGAUUUACUCUCUGAAACGUAAGCGAGUAGGGGUGGGGCUCCGUGGCUCCUCGAACCCCUUCCAGGUGGCCACCGAGCUCAAACUAAAUCACACAGUCAUGGUUGGAACUAGCAAGGGGGGAGGAGGGCAGCUCCAGGCCCCUACCCCAGUGGGCCCUGUCAGGUCUGCUGGGGAGGGAGAAGGAGGGAGCAGGACCUCCUGUACGGAUGCGUCCCCCAGCAAACCCACCAACCUGCUGGGCAGCCCCACCAAGCGGGGGUGCCAGGCCCCCAGCAAGAAGCACCUGAAGCUGGCUGAAGCCGCCCGCCAGCUCCGCCCCAUCUCGCAAUUCUUCAAGCCAGUGGGGGGGUGUAAGGAUCAGGACGCCGAGUCGUCAGCCGGGGGGGGGACGGGGCCCCAGCCCCAGCCUCAGGACCAGAACCAGCAUCCCCAUCCAGACUUCCCCACUCCUGAGCGCCAUUCGCAGGAGGACCCAGAACCGGCUUCAGAACCCCCCAGUGACGAUAAGCCAGUGGGCGGAGCUUUGGAUGGGAAGCCGUCGGAGAAGCCACGUGAGGGUGACCAGCGCCCCCCGCAGGCCAAACGGAGCCGGCGGCAGCAGGACGGGGGGAAGAAGGUGACAUUCAAUCUGGAGGUGCAGCAAAGCAGGAUUCGACCGGAUGCAGAGGCACCACCACAGAAAGCGCAGAAGGGGGUGACCCUCAAAGAGGCGGCGGACAUCGUGGUGCGAUGCCUGGACCCGCUGUACGCUCAGGGCAGGUUCGCCACCAAGGACCUUUUCAAAGCUUUUGCGCGCUUCCUGUCUCACCUGCUCACAACGGGAAAGCGACGUGGGAGGAGCCAAGUGAAAGGAGAUGCCGAGCGUCUGAUUGGUCAGCUCUUCAGCACCGUCCAGCGCUGUGAGAGCGAGGCAGACUGGCAGCAUUUGGGAGGAUCCAGCCGGGCUGGAGGCCAGAUGGACCAGGGGAGCAGCGGUGGAGACUCGGAGUGCCUCUCGGCUCCAUCAUAACGCGGAGACCUCGGAUCCAGACCUCGGAUCCAGAACCCGGACUGCUGCCGCUCUCACCGACAGCCUAGUGCACCAAAAGAGACACAAGCAAUUAGCUCUGGGCAGGGUUAGGGUACAGCUGCUGCCCUCCCCCCGCUGCUUCUUAGCUCAAAGAGGCCUUUUCGUGAACUUUGGAAGUGCCACCUGAGGAGACUUCAUUUUGCCCCCCCCCCCCCCCCCCACCCCCAUUGUCUGCCGGUGUAACUAUAGCGUCAGUCAGGUUUGUUCUUUUAAUUUAUUGUUGUUUUAUGUGUUGCCUUUUUGUUCAAUUUUAGAGUAUGGAAGAAUGAUAAAAUCCGUUUAUCCGGCAGUUUUUGUUGUACAUGUCUGUAUGUUUCUAUGUUCUUUGCAUUUCCUGUGGUGUAACUUUGGUGCGUUUUGACUUUGGUUUCUAAAGGUCGACCUCAUCGGGGAAUUAAUCAGCUUGGGGAUGUUGUCGCUUUGGGGUAGCGCCGAGUGAGCGAAUCCCCGAGUGAACACGGAGUUGGGUUAUUCUCCGAAGUCUUCUAUGCCACUGUGAUCCAUAAAGCUGCUUAGACUCUCCAAACGAGAUCCAGCCGUUUAGAAUAAACGCAGUUCCUGUGAACACCUCUGAA